AUGGCAACUUUCAGAAAACAGUAUGUGGUGUCCAGACCUGUGUACUCUGAGGACAGCUUUGCUGAACAUCAUGAGAAAAUCCACAGGACGCACAAAAGCAUUUUGAACCAUGUGAUGAACUAUCUAACUUGCGAUUCAAAGCGUGCCAAGAAUGCAGUGCUCUCUUUUCUGCCCAUCAUUGGCUGGAUGAGGAUCUACAGAAUUCGCGAGUGGCUGCUGGGGGAUGUGGUGUCUGGGGUCAGCACUGGACUGGUGGCCAUCAUGCAAGGACUUGCCUUUGCUCUGUUGGCAGAGCUUCCUCCAAGCUACGGCCUCUACACAGCUUUCUUCCCCAUGCUAACAUACUUCUUCCUCGGUACUUCAAGACACAUCUCUGUUGGCGCCUUCCCUGUCCUGAGUCUGAUGGUUGGAGCUGUGGUGAUACGCCUGGUCCCAAAGGACGGACCAGCAGCAAAUAUCACAGACUUUGAGGGUCUUAGCGAUGACCAAAAGAGAGUCCUGGUGGCCUCCUCUGUGACAUUCCUCAUGGGGAUUUUCCAGCUUGCCAUGGGUGUUCUACAGGUGGGCUUUAUUGUUAUAUACCUGUCAGAUACUCUGGUGUCUGGCUUCACCACAGCAGCUGCCAUUCAUAUCUUGGUGUCUCAACUCAAGUUUGUCUUUGGGUUGGCUGUUCCAGGCAUCAGUGGUCCACUCUCUAUCAUAUAUACCCUGGAGAAGGUCUUUGUCCAGAUCACCUCCACUAACAUCUGUGACCUGGUGAUGUCCAUUAUAAUCAUGCUGGUGGUGUUUGUUGUGAAGGAGCUGAAUGACCGAUACAAAGCCAAGUUGCCUGUUCCUGUUCCAAUAGAGGUUAUCAUGACUGUCAUUGCUUGUGGGGUGUCCUACGGCUUCAACUUUGAGCAGAAAUAUGAUGUUGAUGUUGUUGGCAAAAUGGUUAGUGGGUAUGAGCCUCCCAUUGCACCCAGCGUGCAAGUCCUCCAAGAAAGCACUGUGGAGGCCUUCCCUGUAGCCAUAGUUGGGUUUGCUGUAGCCUUCUCUGUGGCCAAAGUAUACUCUAUUAAACAUGAUUACACCAUUGAUGGAAAUCAGGAGCUCAUUGCAUUUGGUAUUAGCAACAUUUUCGGCUCAAGCUUCAGGUCGUUUGCAGCCAGCACAUCACUCUCCAGGACUGCUGUGCAGGAGAGCUCAGGAGGAAAAACACAGAUUGCAGGCCUAAUCUCAGCCAUGAUGGCAAUGAUUGUAACUGUAGCACUUGGUUUCCUAUUGGAGCCACUCCCCAGGUCUGUCUUGGGUGCCUUGGUAAUCGUCAACCUGAAGGGAAUGCUGAUGCAGUUUAAAGAAAUUCCAUACCUGUGGAGGAGGGACAAAACAGAAUGUGUGGUAUGGGUGGCAACAUGCCUGGGUGCCACCCUGCUGGGGCUGGAUAUUGGUCUGGCGGUGGGCUUAGGUGUGGAACUGCUCACCAUUGUCUUCAGGACUCAAUUCCCUCGCUGUUCCAUUUUGGCUAACAUCCCUGGAACAGACCUCUACAGAGAUCGCAAAGAUUACCUGAAUAUAUUUGAACCACAAGGAGUAAAGAUCUUCCGGAUACCGUCGCCUCUCUUCUUCGCCAACAUCGAAUUCUUUAGGGACAAGCUUGUGGAAGCUGUUGGAUUUAACCCUCUGAGGGUUUUGAGGAAGAGAAACAAGGCCCUCGGGAAAAUCAAGAAACUGCUUGUGAUGAGGGAUAAUGGCAUUACAGAGAAAGGCUAUGGGGACUCAUCAUGCCAAACACUCGAGAAGUCUCAGGUGGAUGAAAAGGAGAUGGACCUGUCGAGCAAUGUCAGUGACCUCCCUUUCCAGCUGAAUUGGAAUGCUGAGCUUCCUGGCAACAUCAGUGUUCCCAGAGUGGACCUUCACAGCCUGAUCCUGGACUUCUCUGCUGUCUCCUUCCUGGACAUCUCUGCGCUGAAGGGGCUCAAAACGGCACUCAAAGAGUUUAUCCGUAUUGAUGUGGAUGUUUACAUUGUUUCGUGCGAUGCUUACGUCCUGGAGAAACUGCACAGCUGUAUGUUUUUUGAUGAUGAGAUUCAGACCUCCAUCUUCUACCCAACCCUUCAUGAUGCCAUGCUGAAUGUACUUGAAAAGCACAAAUAUGACACAAGCAGAGGCUGUGCGGUACGCGAUACUCAGCUGUAGAAGAGUGACUGUCCCCAGAAACAUACAAUCAUCCAUCCAAUCAACUUACAUGAAAUCCUGUUUAUCAUUUUAAUCCUGUUAC